ACUGUGGAAACCACUGAGACUGAUGAGUGUGUAGUGAAGCAGAUGGUCACUCAGUUAGCCAAAUUGCUAACCUAAAUCAAGAGUUUCGCUGUCACGUUAUCAAAAAGUGACAUAACGCAGAACUGAUUUUUCCUUUACCACGAGGAGUGGAGUAAAAUCUCAGGUUGCUGUGUCACUCAGUGGGUCUUUGCCAAGAAGUUUCCACAUGAUUUGACCCUGACUUGCCAGGAAGUACGCUUACAUGCACACACGUAGACUUUUGCUGAGCCACUCUCAAAUCUUACACAAUCCAAACACUGCAUGCACACAAUCCCUAACACACUGACUGACUAACCACAGCAAACACACUCACAAGACACAUUGUAACCCUUCUCACAGCUUACCACAAACACAACUACUGGAAACCACAACACAUAUCACCAGACCGCUUCUCCCACCUCUUCUGCUCUUCUGUGCUCCUCCCCUCUACAUACCUCUGGGGCAACACACAACUUCUCUCACUCUUCUUUAGUUUUGAAACUGCAAGCCACAGCGAGAGACGCCAUCACUCUCUGACUGGGCUCCUGAGCCGUGCAACUGGUCACAUAUGAGCAUCACUGCGAUGGAAUAAAAAGGAGCGAUCGCAAUGAAGACCCUGGACAUUACACAUUCUUUUAGCUUAUAAUAGCAGAAUACAGUUUUACUUGCACAUACAGAAAAAGUAGCAAUAAGUGAUAUAGACCAGCCAUCAGGCAAAUUAAGCCCAUUAGAUGACUAUAAUGGAUGAAGAAGCAGAGGAGAGGGUGGCUUCUGGCCUUCUAGAGAGGAGGAAGUCUAAAGAAGAAGAAGAGGGUGAGAAUGAGAAGGAGGUGGAGGAAGAGGGCAGACGGAGGCAGAUCCCUCGGCAUCGCUGGGUAAUGCAUGGGGCAGUGAUGUUUGGACGUGAAUUCUGCUACGCCAUGGAAACAGCCCUUGUGACACCGGUGCUGCUGCAGAUAGGUCUUCCUGAGCAAUACUACAGUUUAACCUGGUUCCUCAGUCCAAUCAUGGGCCUGGUCCUCACACCGCUGAUUGGCUCAGCCAGUGACAGGUGUACUCUGCGAUGGGGCCGGAGGAGACCAUUCAUUCUGGCCCUGUGUGUAGGUGUGCUGCUGGGAGUGGCACUGUUCCUAAAUGGAUCCUUAAUAGGCCUUGCCGUUGGUGAUAGUCCCGGCAGCCAGCCAAUUGGCAUUGUCCUCACUGUGUUAGGUGUGGUGGUGCUGGACUUUGCUGCUGACGCCUCUGAGGGACCAAUCAGAUCUUACCUUCUUGAUGUUGCUGACACUGAUGAGCAAGAUAUGGCACUGAAUAUUCAUGCCUUCUCUGCUGGGCUUGGCGGAGCAGUGGGAUACAUGCUGGGCGGUCUAGACUGGACUGGCACAGCUCUGGGCCGAGCGUUUAAAGCCCAGGAACAGGUCCUCUUCCUGUUCGCAGGCAUCAUCUUCAUCAUCUCUGUCACUCUGCACAUGCUCAGUAUCCCUGAGCAACCGUUGGCUCCCUCCAACAAGCUUAGAGUCACAGGAAGUGGGGAGUCUUCUAGUCAGUUUUCUUUCAGGCCAGUCGGCUGCACACCACCCUUACUGGAUGUGAUUGUAGAGGAGGACGGUUCAGCUCGAGCCCCGUCCCGACAGGAUAACGAAUCCGAUCCUGAGGAAGACGAAAUGGAUUAUCUUGCUGUGGAUCGAGUGCGGAGUAAAAGCGAUUCGGUCUUAGCGAUGCCAGACGCUACAAUCGUGUUGGAUUCUGACCUCAGGCCAGAUGCACAACUCUUCCUACCGGAGAAACAGGGAGAGCCAGAAGAUGUUUUUAAGCCAACAGACCACAGUAUUGGGUCCACAUCUCCUUCUGGGGACCAGUCCGUCCUUGGUGAUGGGAAUGUGGUCUUGGACUCUACAGAUCCAGCUUGUCCAGAGCUUAAUGGUCCAACAAAUGGUUCUCCUUCAUUCCUUCAGAUCAGCUUGAGCCCAAAGGACUCACAUCUGAAAACACAGGUCAAGGCUGUCAAUGGUGUCAAUGCUGUCUUGUCUUCAACUGACCACUCCAAUGCAACAAAAGGCCAUGCGUCCACUAGGCUGUCCAACCGCCCCUCCAAUACCUCCGUUUCAUCACGACCACACCCACACACCUUCUACCGACAGCCCUCCUUCACUUUCUCAUACUAUGGACGAGUGGGAUCACAGCGCUAUCGACUACGUAGGACAGCGCUGCUAAGCCCUCGGCCAAUCACCACGUCCCGCAGUCUGAACGACCUCACUGAUCUCCAGCGUGAAGCAGACAGGAGGGAGUUACAGCUGUCAGUCAGCAGCUUGUCAUCUGAAGGCUCCAGCAGCGAGGGAGGACCAGACGAGGGGACAACUGUUCGACUGCUCUGGUUAUCCAUGUUGAAGAUGCCGAGGCAGCUGUGGAGACUCUGUAUCUGUCACCUCCUCACCUGGUUCUCUAUUAUAGCUGAAGCUGUGUUUUACACUGAUUUCAUGGGGCAAGUCAUCUACCAUGGAGACCCCAAGGCACCAGCCAAUUCCACAGAGCUACUAAACUAUAACAGAGGGGUGCAGAUGGGCUGCUGGGGCCUGGUGGUCUAUGCUGCCACUGCUGCUGUCUGCUCUGCAAUCCUUCAGAAAUACCUGGAUAACUUUGAUCUGAGCAUUAAGAUUGUCUACAUUGUUGGAACUCUGGGAUUCUCAAUAGGAACGGCUGUCAUGGCGAUCUUCCCUAAUGUUUACGUUGCUAUGGUGAUGAUCAGUAGUAUGGGCAUCAUCUCCAUGAGUAUCUCCUACUGUCCCUAUGCAUUACUCGGGCAGUACCAUGAAAUCAAAGAGUACAUUCACCACAGUCCAGCAAACACUAGAAGAGGCUUUGGUAUAGACUGCGCUAUCUUGACCUGCCAGGUCUAUAUCAGCCAGAUCCUGGUUGCAUCGGCCCUGGGAGCAGUGGUAGACGCAGUCGACAGUGUGCGUGUCAUUCCUGCAGUGGCCUCUGGGGGCGCCUUCCUUGGCUUCCUUACUGCCUGUUUCCUGGUUAUUUACCCUGAUGUGGAGCCCAGCAGCUCAGAGCAGGACCGGGGCUUUGUGGUUCUACCUGGAGAUUCAGACCCAAAUGGAGGAAGGGCGAGUGACCCGAGGUUAGCUCUGCUCAACCUCACAGAUGGAGACAGUUUGAAGAAGACAGAGAAUCACUCUGUCGUCUGAGCAUUGUUUCGGUUUCUCCUCACAAACCACAGCAUGUGAGGAUCAUACCAAAUAUCUGUGCCUUUACUCAAGUAGGAAAGAGGGAAAAAAUGUUAGAAAGCUGACUUGUCAUUUGGCGCUGAGGAUGGAAAAGAAGAAAAAAUCUCAGUGUUGGGCAGCUAUGCUUGUCUUAUUACUACCUCAAACCCAAAACAAAUACAUGUUUAGAUGGCUAGAUAGACAGAAGUAAGCCAUUAAAAACACAAAGAGCCACGUGACACUGACUUGGUGAGACUGCUAAAGCUAACUUAGCUCAGACUACUGAAACAAAUGUAAGCCUUUAUUGUGAAAACAUGAAUGCACAGCACAAAGAGCACUUUCUGUCCCAGUCCUAAACAGUAUUGUCACACUGAUGCUGCAGAAUGGGUGUGAUAUUUAACUUUACAGAAGCUGCUCCAUAACUGCUUAAUAGACAAUCAUAGUGCUGUAAAAGUGUAUACCUCUGCAUUACAUGUGGACUGAAUACAAGUGUAGAUACUUGUUCCAGUCUCUGUGGAACCUUAAUAUUGUAUUGUUAUUUGAGAAAUGCAAAAAAAAUGACCCCAGAUUACAGGUAAAGCCCUCUACAUAUGUUGCAGAUGUAACAAUUUCAUACACUUUUUUUUAUUCAUAUUUAUCAUGAGGGAACGUAUUUAUGAAGACAGAUUUUGCAUUGCAAUUACUGUGAGUUUACACUGUAAAAGGUAAUGUAUCUAUGCCUCUCAAUAUGACCUCAGGUGGUAUUGAGCUUCCAAUUGAAAUGGGUAAUAUCUUCUGUAAGGCACAUUUGUCAUAUCCAGUCAAUCAAACAUACACUUCUAUUGGAAUGAUCUGUCAUUAAAGCGAUUGCAGCUUCCGUUUGUGCUUUGUAUUAGAAGUAAUUAUUAUUAUUACACAGUGUAAUAAGCUACAGACUUUUGUACAUUCCUAAUAGAACAGCACAGUCUCCAUUCUGAAGGCCAGAGCAACCUUAUGUUUACUAAUAAGAGAAUUAUUCUUUAAUUAGGGACGUGUAAUGUUACAUGGUCUGAAACUGUUCCAGAAACCUGUAAUGCUGCAUAUUGAACGGUAGAGAGGACCACUUCUAUGCAAGGCUAACUACUGAUCUAUGCAGACUUGAAAUUCCCUCGGCUGGGUGUUAUGACCAAAUGAACCAUAAAAGGGUAGUUUGUUUUUUUAAGUGGGGUUGUAUGAGGUACAUAUUUAUAGUCAGUAUAUUACCUCCAGUUUGGAGAAGUAGCCUGGAGCACCAACACAGCCUAAGCUGCAAAACAAAAAAGAAAAUCAGUUGCUAGCUCCAGGACUUUCGUGUUUUCAAGGGUUCUCUCACCUGUUUUUAAAGUACAGCCAUCUACUGCAGGCCAAGGUUAUUAUAGUUAACGAAAACUAACGAAAUAAUGCAAACUAGAAUUGAAAAAACAUUUUCGUUAACUGAAAUAAAAAUAAAAACUAGAGUUUUUAAAAAAAACGAUAACUAACUGAAACUGUAUUGUGUGGUUACAAAACUAACUAAAACUAACAAAAAUCAUAGUGAAAAUGUCCUUAGUUUUCGUUUUUGUCAACUUUUUUCAUUCAUAAUUCAGUGUUUCUAUUUGAACAUGCAACACAUGGUGAAUAUGUUUACUGAGACUGGGAUGUUUACACUAGAACCAAAAUACAAAACACCCAGAACUGUAAGAGUUAAUAACCUUAUUGGGGCUGAGAUGAUAAACCAAAGGAAAUAAAGGAACAUUUAUUAUGACCUCUUUCAAUCUGGCACCCAACACAUAGCCCAUUACAAAAAAACUAAAACUAAUAAAAACUAAACUAAAACUAAGCAUUUUCAAAAAAUAAAAACUAAACUUAAACUAGCAAACUCACUCUAAAAACUAACUGAAUUUGAAAACAAAAAACUAAAACUAAUGAAAAAUCCAAAACUAUUAUAACCUUGCUGCAUGCAGUACACUGACUAUGAAUAAGUAGCACAUACAACCUGACAAUGAUGAUGAAUAAUGAGCACAGGACCCUCGCGGUGUUAUCUUUCCUCCUUGUAUCUUUCCUCUGAAAAUGUGAAAACAUUGCACAUAUUUGUGUUUCACAGCAAAGAAGGUGUCUACUAUUAUGACUUGACUGAAGGCAAGAUGUCUUUUAUUAUUGGGCCCUUGUGAUUUUUCUCUCUGAUUACGGGCAUUACCAACAGAUUUUGGCACCUUGUAUCCUGCUAGCUAUGCCAUUGCUUUGCCUGUCUGCUAUCACUGUCACUGAAGACCUGAAGAAGCUCUUAAGCCUUAAGGUGUAAGAGCCAAACAAAGGGAACAGCCUUUUUGCAUCAUGUAUUAAAGGGAACGUGGUAGGAGAAUUAUUCAGUCAUUUUCUUGUAAAUAAUCUGCUUCUGUGUGUGUGUGUGUGUGUGUGUGUGUGACAUGCAGUGUUUGCCAUUGUGUUCUUUGGGAAUUGUUCUGUUUUAAAAGGCCCAGUAGACAAGAAGUUAAGAGUACAUACAAUUGUUUUAUGAGGGUUUUUUAAACCUAUAUUCUGUUUUCCAAACAGCAUUAGGUGCUUAUACAGAAAAGCUAAAAAAGUGAAGCAAAGUCUCUCGUUUUCUUUACAGAUUUCAUUCCUGUGACAUUACACUUAUAAUUGCAUACACUUUAAGUUCAGCUGGUCUAAAUGUUUCAGAGAUAUCUCCAUGUUAGCAAGAAGCUUUUCUUGCGGCAACACUCCAUUAUUAGUGCAAAGUUACUGUACUGAAUAUUAAUAAGAGUUUUAUGGAACAGGCUUAUUGAAAUUGUUUUUGAUUUUAUACAAAUGUUAGAACUUUUAGGAUGAUAUUCUAUGUUUUGGUUUGAAAGUCAAUCACUGGUGUGUUUUCCCAAGUGACUUUUGGUUCUUUUUGCUGCUGCACAGACUUUUGUACAAUGUAAGGAAGGUAUUUUUGUACCAGUUAUUUGAAAAAGUAAAAAAUGCACCUUCA